GAGCUGGUAGAGCCCCGGGAGAGGCGAUUGGCCAUCGUACAUUCCUUUCCUUUUGCUUCUUGUCAUAGAUAACUGACCUCGGGAGAGGGAAUCUGCGUCACGGUCGCAACUCAAAAGGGAAGAAGGAAGGCGUCCUCAUAAUUGUUUUGUUUUUCGGUUUUUGUAAUAGGCCUACUUCUCCCAUGACUCACAUCCUAAAUAUAUGAGAGAAGAGACCAUGCUGGCUCACAAAGUCUACCUUUUCUCUCUCCUGCCUUCACUUUCUCCUCCUCCAAUCAAGACGCAGAUUCUCUCCCUCAAUCAUCAAGCCCUCAGGUCGUUUACUUUAGUGAGGCGCCCAGGUUUUCCUUUCAGGAGGAGGCCAGCAACAACCAUGAAAGGAAUGAGGUUCAGUUCUUAUUUUGGGGCGUCUUCUGUAUCAGCAUCUGAGAACGGGGUUAGCUCAAAUGGGUCUGUUGGGUCUCUGUCCGGUGCAACUCAAGAAGAAGAAAAUUCUCCAUUGGGCAAUCUAUAUCGCCUUCCUCCACCUGAAAUUAGACAAAUUGUUGAUGCACCACCUCUUCCCGCAUUGUCCUUUUCUCCGCAGAGGGAUAAGAUACUGUUCUUGAAGCGUAGAGCUUUGCCUCCACUAUCUGAACUUGCAAGACCAGAGGAAAAGCUGGCUGGUAUGCGCAUUGAUGGAAAAUGUAACACUAGAAGCAGGAUGUCAUUCUACACUGGAAUAGGAAUCCAUGAGCUAAUGGGUGAUGGUACUCUUGGACCUGAGAAAGAGGUGCAUGGCUUUCCUACUGGAGCAAAAAUAAACUUUGUUAGCUGGUCUCUGGAUGGACAGCAUUUAUCCUUCAGCAUUAGAUUUGAUGAGGAUGAGAAUACAAGCAGCAAACUGAGAGUAUGGGUUGCAGAUGUGGAGACAGGAAGAGCUCGUCCAUUAUUUCAGUCACCUGAUGUAUAUCUAAAUGCAAUAUUUGACAAUUAUGUUUGGGUUGAUAAUUCCACACUUCUGGUUUGCACAAUUCCUAUUUCUCGUGGAGAACCACCAAAGAAGCCCUUGGUCCCGUGUGGUCCAAAAAUUCAAUCAAAUGAGGAAAAGAGUGUUGUACAAGUAAGAACUUACCAGGAUUUGCUUAAGGAUGCAUAUGAUGAAGAUUUAUUUGACUAUUAUGCCACCACACAACUGGUUUUGGCAUCUUUAGAUGGUUCAGUGAAAGCUAUAGGCCCCCCUGCUGUAUAUACAUCAAUUGAUCCAUCACCUGAUCACAAGUACCUUCUGGUGGCCUCCAUUCAUCGACCUUACUCUUUCAUUGUUCCAUGUGGAAGAUUUCCUAAAAGGGUUGAACUGUGGACAGCUGAUGGGAAGUUUAUAAGAGAAAUCUGUGAUUUGCCACUUGCUGAAGACAUUCCAAUAGCCUUCAAUAGUGUGCGCAAAGGAAAGCGUUCUAUCGGUUGGAGACCUGACCAGCCAUCAACACUCUACUGGGCAGAGACACAAGAUGGUGGUGAUGCAAAAGUUGAAGUUUCACCUCGUGAUAUAGUUUAUGCGGAGCCUGCUGAACCAUCAGAUGGGGAAACACCACAGAUCUUGCAUCAACUUGACCUUCGUUAUGGUGGCAUUUCAUGGUGUGAUGACUCGUUAGCAUUAGUCUAUGAAUCCUGGUACAAGACAAGGCGUACUAGAACAUGGGUUAUCUCUCCUGGAAACAAAGAAGUGAAUCCACGCAUAUUGUUUGACAGAUCAUCAGAAGAUGUGUAUUCUGAUCCUGGCUCCCCUAUGUUGCGGAGAACAUCUGCUGGAACCUAUGUUAUAGCAAAGAUAAAAAAGAAUGAUGAGGGGACUUAUAUUUUGUUGAAUGGAAGUGGGGCAACACCUGAAGGAAACAUCCCGUUUCUUGAUUUAUUUGAUAUAAAUACUGGGAACAAAGAGCGGAUAUGGCAGAGCGAUAAGCAAAAGUACUAUGAAACAGUUAUAGCUUUGAUGUCAGACCAACAUGACUGUGAUUUGCACAUUGACCAACUGAAAAUAUUGACAUCAAAGGAAUCAAAAACUGAAAAUCCUCAGUACUAUCUAGUUAGUUGGCCAGAUAAGCGAGUUCACCAGAUAACUCAUUUUCCUCAUCCCUAUCCACAACUUGCUGAUUUACAAAAGGAGCUGAUCAAGUACCAACGCAUGGAUGGUGUUCAGCUUACUGCUACUCUUUAUUUGCCUCCAAAUUAUGAUCCUUCUAAAGAUGGGCCUCUACCUUGUUUGUUCUGGUCUUAUCCUGGAGAGUUUAAGAGUAAAGAUGCAGCUGGACAGGUCCGCGGUUCCCCUAAUGAGUUUGCAGGAAUAGGUCCAACAUCAGCACUUCUUUGGUUGGCUAGAGGGUUUGCUAUUUUAUCUGGACCCACGAUCCCAAUCAUUGGAGAGGGUGAUGAUGAGGCAAAUGACAGGUAUGUUGAACAAUUGGUUGCUAGUGCAGAGGCUGCUGUGAAGGAAGUUGUGCAAAGAGGGGUGGCUCAUCCAAGUAAGAUAGCAGUUGGUGGGCAUUCUUAUGGUGCAUUUAUGACAGCAAACCUUUUGGCACAUGCCCCUCAUCUUUUCUCUUGUGGCAUUGCUCGGUCUGGAGCCUACAAUAGAACUCUCACUCCAUUUGGUUUCCAGAAUGAGGAUAGAACACUCUGGGAAGCAACCAGCACAUAUGUCGAGAUGAGCCCCUUCAUGUCUGCUAACAAAAUCAAGAAGCCCAUUUUGCUUAUUCAUGGGGAAGAAGAUAACAACCCAGGAACACUAACAAUGCAGUCGGAUAGGUUCUUUAAUGCUCUGAAAGGUCAUGGUGCACUUUCCCGGUUGGUGGUUCUUCCAUUUGAGAGUCAUGGCUAUAAUGCACGUGAGAGUAUUAUGCAUGUUUUGUGGGAGACUGAUCGGUGGCUUCAGACAUACUGUGUCAGCUCGUCAGAUAAAACUACAGAGGUUGUAUCUGAGAUUGAUGAGAAGAAAACACAGAAUGAUUCUCAAGGGAAAGUUCUUUCAGCCAGUGGAGGUGGUGAAUCUGAUAAGGAAGGACCAGAACAAGUAAUAUUUUCAUCUCCAAGGGCUUCAUUGUGAUAAGCUUGCUGUUCUAGUAGCCGCUGGCCCGCUGCAACAACAAGAACUAUCGAGAUCCUGGUUUGACCGUUUGAACUGGGCAGAAGAACCAAAAUGCCAAGUCAAAUUAAAAGCGCGGACUGCAUGCUGAUCCAGCACUUUGAGAUGGGUUGAUGGAACAAUUUUUCAUUUCUGUGCUGAUUCGAUAAUUUGUACAUUAUAUAUUAUUGAUUGAUCUUAUUCUUUCAUAAGAUCACUCUUGUACUGUCCUGCAGACUGCACAAUCAAAUAAUAUCAAACAUGUAAGAUGGAAUAACGAUCAAUUGUCAGGCUGCAGCCAUGUUUCUUUCUUUUUCCAGUUGCUUAGUGCACUGGCAGGCCUGUGGCCAUCUUUUGAAAUAAGAUUGUUAAAUGUAUGACCUACACAAUCAUAGUUGCAGGUCACUUCAAGAGUUUCCUUUG